UCCUGAACGCGCCUAAACUAACAUCGAAGUGAGUGAACUGUGCAACAUGCAACUAACGAACAUGAGGCUAUUAGCAGUCUUCCUUGGCUACUUAGUAGCGCAAGUAAAGACCUAUCCUACGCAAGGGUGGCCUAUGUACCCACAAAUGUCACGAGAAUAUACGGACGAUGAAUAUUACUACGCUCCCAAAAUACAAUACUAUUACGAUGCUCCAGCAAUUAAUGUACCCGAAGUACACGAUCAAGUUCCAUACCCCUAUUUCUAUGAUCCUUAUGGUCAUUUCACGGAAAAUGAAGCGCCUAAAAGACAAGAAGAGAGACUUGCGGCUCUUCCAAUCGGACAGGAGACAUGGUUUGAGAGCGACACCACGCCCCGCUGGAGAACUAACGACAUUGAUGACGUCAGUGCUGCGUUCCUCGACAAUUUAAUUCUCACACAAAUGGCUCAAGACGCACAAAGACGGCGCGAAAAUGCCCGAGCAGCGUUUCCGCCUGUUGAUUAUGAGGAACGAGAUGUCGAGGACGAAGACGUCAGAGAAUUGAAAGCUCUAGCAGGCAAACCAUUGUAUCACGUACCGAAAACUGUUCCUCGAUACGACGAGGAUGAUUAUGCUUCCGAUGACGGAUUUAUCAACUGGAAUAGUAACAAGAGGAGCGUUACCACUGCGGCACCUAUUCUCAGCACGGAUUCAACUAAUACGGGUCAGAAAGAAAUAGUCGUGCCACGACCGGGACAAUCAUUUCAAAAUCAGGGCAAGCAUGCAAAAAGGAAUGACUUUUACGAAACCAUUGCACAAUUACUGGAGAACAAAUCUAUCAAUACCAAUACCCAAGGUACUGACAAGGAAAGAAGAAUCAAAAAACGAUUCGUAGCCGGCGAUUCGGACCUUGUGCUUGAACUGAGGGGUUUAAAACAUCGCAUUGCCACUUAAAUGGGAACGUUAAAUUUUCGCCAAAAACAUGAGACUGAGUAUUACGUAGAUUUGUAAGACAUGCAAUUACGACGAUAGAAAAGUCGCUAAACAGGCAUUCAAAAUGGAAAAAAAGAUUAGACUACUUUAAAAUUCGUAUAAAUCGCCAAUCAUACAGUUAAUCGGCCAUUACUAAAAUAAUACCAUUGUCAUCGUGUCAUAGUAGUACGUACGAUAUUUAUCUUUGUGACGUUACUUGACUCUUAAAAGUUUUGAAUACCUUUUCUAACUUUAGAUACUAUACCUAUUUAAAUACUUUACGGACGUGUAAAUGAUCGUACAAAAUGUGACUAUAAUCUCCAUAAAAGAAAAUAAAUAGCAGACUGUGUAUGUUAUGAAUGAAUAUGUGACAUAUUAUAUAAUUAAAUUGUAUUUAUAAUUGUAAAGGUUGCUCCCUUCAACCGGCAGCUAAGAUAGCGCACAACGUGUGCUUUGUAAAUAUAUGUAGGUACUAAUUUAUAUCUCUAAGAUUAACUACUAUUUAGAUAGAAAUCAAUACAUUAAUAAAUGUUGAAUCAUAAAUCUAAAAAAUCUUACUUUGGGCAUUCAUAUAUUCCAAUGACGAUCAAACGGGAUAUAUUCGCUAGAAAUACCGCAGCUCAAAAUAUAAUGGACGCAGAAUAGGAACAAGCUGACCUGCUACAUUUUUCUAGUUCUGCAAAUACUAUAUUCUUGGCCUAUACAUUUUUACAUGGUAUAAUAUAUUAUUAAAUUAUUUUUAAUACAGUCUAUACAGACAAUACCAGACACUUUUGCAUAGCAAAUAAAAAUAAAACAAAGUAUACAUGUUUAUUAUUAUUAAAUAUUAAGAAUUCUCUCGUGAGACAGAGAAUUGAGUGAUACUUUCAGCUUUACAGCUUCUUACCUAACAUAUUUAAUACGUAAUCGGUCUAUAAGACCACUUAAUCUUUAGUGAUUGCGUCCUAAUAUUCUUUAUAUUUUUUUUAUACAGCCACUGUAGUUAAACCGACCGUUUUAAGAUAAAUAAAUAAUUGUUCGCGUCAUUUCAAAUCGGUAGCAUUAUAACUUUCAAAAGUACAUAUCUGUAUAGUAUAACGUCAAGUUACAUCUCUGUCUAUGUUUGAUUCUCCAAAUGAGUAGUGUAUAUAGUUUGUAAUCAAUUUUGUCUAAUACAUUGGUCCUAUUUGUUUUCUUUGUAAUAUAAAUCACACGUGUUUCAAAUUGUAUGUAAGUCCGUUAGAAUCAAAAAUAAAGAUGUGUAUUUCAUUAAUUAAAACAAAAACAAUAAUUGUUUCGUCGAGGCUUUAUACAAAUAUAUUAUGUAUUAACAAAAAGAGUUAUCCAUUGACCUCUAGAAACCAAACUAUUGCUCAGAACACAUUACUAACUAUAGAUACAAGGUAGAAUACAGUGCUAUCUGUGGAAUUAUAUAAUUUUACUAGAUAGUAGACUACUGUAUGCUCUAGAUAGGUAUUUUUUAAUCAUCACCCACUUGUAACUGAGUAUGUAACUAUAGAUGUGAAUUAAAAUCUUAAUGUUAGCGAAUAAAAAUGAAAUUGUAUGAAUAUACUUACAUAAAUGAAGAACAUUAAAAUCAUAACAUCAAAAUGUG